ACUGGUAUUUCUUCUACACAGUGUUAAGAUUUGAUAUACCUAUCCAAAUAACAGAAUGCAGAUAUUGAUAUUGGUUUUCGUUGUUAGUUUAUCGUGCUUGUCGUCAAUAUCAGAGGCUUCUCGUGGACUGUCUCUUCCUCACGGAAUGGAACAAGAGGACUAUUGUAAAGGAUGCAUUGAAACUGUUUCAGCAAUAGUCAAAAAACAAAAGAAUGGAAUGAGUACGAAAAAAAUUGUCAAAGGAAUGGAAAAAAUGUGUAAUUCGAUGAAGGAAGGAAACAAUAAAACAUCUUGCUUGCAGUUAGUUGACCAUCACAUUGACGAUCUUGAGAGUGUCCUGGAACAUCCAGAGAAAUCCAAGAAGUUGAUUUCACAUUUUUGCUUUGAACAUUCAUUUGCAUGUACUGGGCUGAGAACUUAUUCUUCCCAGAUCAAACACGAGAAGAGCGAGGAAGAGCUUGAAAAGAUCUUGGCAGAUAUGGAACCGAUGAAACGGGUUCCAAAUCCAGUUCGGAAGACAGAUGAACUGUGACGUAACCAUGUUCAUUCAUUCACAAUCGAUCGAA